AUGAAAAUUCGAAAGCACGACUUUGUCCUUAUUGAUGACGAAUUGAAGUGUAAACUGCACAAAGUAGUGGAUAUGAAAAUAAAAAUAAAAAAGAAUUAUCUCAAUCUGAUGUUUCUUGUGAAUAAAAAAUAUGGAUCUACAUACACUUACAUAAAGAACAAAUGGGUUCGAAGCAAAAAAAAUAAGAACAAAUUAGACAUUGAUUUUAAUGAAGAUAUUAAGGGAACAAAUAAGGAUAUAUUUAAAGAUAACAAUUCACAAAAAUUAACAGAAGAAAAUAUAGCACAAUUAAAAGAAAAUAAUUCUGAAAAUCCUUAUGAAGUUAUUCAAAAACUUAUUGACAAUUCUGUUACGUAUAAAGAAAAAACAUUAAUUUCAAAAUUUAAGUAUGUAGAAAAAAAAUUAAAAAGACACUUGUGUCAAUUUACUGUAUACGAAUGUAAUAUUCUAAAUUUAAUGAACUUUUAUUAUAAGUACUUCCCUGAAAAAAUAUCUUACCUACGGGUUGAUUACUUAUCUAAUUUAUUGUUUCAUUUAAAUCGAGAUGUUCUUCUUAAAGGAGAGGACAAAAUCACCAUGGGAGAUACAGACUCAAGCAAAAAUCAAAAUCCGCUAAGUAAGGAACACAUGGAGGAGAAAAAACAAUUUCAAAAUAUAGAGUCGCAAAUGUUGCAACAAAAUGGAAAUUCCACUUCAGAACAUUUAACAGAGGAAUAUAUUGACACGAACUUAUCGCUAAACCCGAAUGUACUCAUUUAUGAUGAUUCAUUUGGUUUAUUAACGAGUGUCUUAAACAUUAUUUAUUAUGAACAUGUGAAUAUCUUUUCUUUAAUUCAUAAAAAUGCUUCUAACUCCAUUAUCCCCUCUUUUGGAGUACGCAAAAAUAACAACAUUGUUAAGAUCAGCAUCCUGAACGCCCAUCCCUCGCCAAAGAUGUGCAGAAAUAACUGGCACACCUUGAACCAGAACUAUGAGUUCGUCUGUUCGUUUGGAGCGAUGGAAGAAGUAGCAGAACCUGUGGAGGAGGUAGCCGAACCUGUGGAGGAGGUAGCCGAACCUGUGGAGGAAUCAUCCGCUGAAAACGAAAAAAUGGGAAUGCACGAGGGUCGACACGAGGUGAUGAAGAGGAAAAUAGAACAGACAUAUGAUUCAGCUGAUUUUGGUGACAAUCGAAAAGGCGAAUCGGUCAGUAUGCCAUCCCAAAACGACCUGACCUGCCCAAGCAACAAGAGAAUGAAGAAUAAUCAUCCAGAGGAAAAUGUGAGAAGUGCAUCUGAAAAAAAAAGCGCACAAUUACAACGAAUUUUGAUGGAUGAUAUAAAAAGUAGAAAAGCCGAAUCAUUUGUCAUAAUAAUUUCAAGCGAAUUUAUAUAUAGCACCAAUACAGAUGUGUAUUUGCUUAUAGAUACAUUAAUAAAGAUUUCUUUGAAAUUUUUAAAAAAUGAUAGUAAAAUUAUUAUGCAUACAGACGACUUAAACAUUUCUAAUAUGUUUUUGAAAUGUCUAAUCGAUACCAAUUCGUUCAUAAAUAUAAAAUUAAAUGAGUACAUCCUCCGAGAGCAGCAGGUUGUGAAACGCAGAACACAUCCAGUAAUAAAAAAUGCCAAGCUAGCAGAUGGGUUCUUGUUAACUGCACUCAAGGUCGAAGGGGGACCGUAG